AUGGCCACUACAGGGUCCAACUCUAUCCCUCAUUCGAGCACGCUUGUCCCUACAUGUUCGUCUACAAAUUCAAACCAUCACACUUCCAAGAUGGAAACUACGUACGCAAACCAAGCGACCAAGAUCGGUCUGGUCAUCGCGCUCUACUGGGCGGUGUCCAUCUCGAUGGUCUUCCUCAACAAUGUCUGGUGGCCAUCGUGGCCUGCUGGGCGCUGCCCUCUUCCGCCCGUCCAUCCGUUCUUCGACAUGUUCCCACGCUUCGAGGUCAAGGUCGACGUCGCCCUCAAGUGCCUGCCGCUGUCGGUCGUGUUCGUGGGCAUGAUCGUCUUCAACAACCUCUGCCUAAAGGAGGUCGGCGUGUCCUUCUACAACGUCGGCCGAUCGCUUACCACGGUCUGGAACGUUAUGUUCACAUACCUCAUGCUGGGGCAGAAGACCAGCCCCAGGGCGCUGCUGUGCUGUCUGUUCCUGGUGGUGGGCUUCAUCCUGGGUGUGGACCAGGAGGGCGAGACCGGUGAACUGUCCGUCCGAGGUGUGAGCUACGGAGUACUCGCUUCGCUCUUCGUGGCCCUCAACGCCAUCUACGUGAAGAAGGUCCUGCCCGUCGUCCAUGACGAUUCGUGGAAGCUUACUCUGUACAACAACUUGAACGCGUUCCUCCUCUUCAUUCCGCUCAUGAUCAUGGCCAGAGAACAUGAGAUG